AUGUCCCUAUCGUUUGGUGAUGUACUCUUUGCGCGUAUCGAGGUGGAACUAGAGACGGACUAUCCGAAAGGAGCUGGCUGUGUUGUGUUUCGUGAUCGCGAAGCAUUUGUAGCCGCUUGCGCUUGCCGUUACGUUCCAAUAAACUUUGGUGAACAUAUUAAGAAGGUGGAGUUACAACCAUAUCUAAUGCGUCCAGUAGAAUGCGAAAUUUGCCAAACAGUGAAGACGAGAAACUUCUGCCCCAGAUUGCGAUGUCUUAAGUUUAUGUGCGAUUCAUGCUGGAGACAGGCUCACAUAGAUCUGCCAGAUCAUUUUCCAUUGAUCCGCGCACCUCCAUUUCGUUCUCGUACUGGCAUUUCAUAUUUCGAUGAAAGACGGUAAGC